AUGUCAAGAUUUUCUCUAUCGGUUGCCUCUGCAAUGUGCCUACUGGUAUUCUUUACAGCAUCAGUUCAGACUUUCAAGCUUCCUGGUGCCGCCGACACUGCAAAGAGGCUCGAAGAAAAUUUCGUAAAAGCUAAAACUAAACCUCCUCCAAGUGGUGCUGGAUUUCGGGCAUUGUUCCAAAUACCCACUUCAAGAGAGGUUCACGAUGUUGUCGUUCUCAUGGAUGGCUCGGGAUCGGUUACGUCUUGUCAAUUCGAGAAAGCAAAGAAGGCGCUUCGUUACCUAUUAGCUGUGAAAAACAUGUACGUGGACCUCAAGUAUGCAGCGGUCACUUUCUCAAACUCAGCCACUGUGAAUUUCAAUUUUUUGCCGGACUAUUUUGCAGCCGGUGAGAUGAAUAGAAUCACUCGCCCAGGAGGGGGAACUAACACUUAUGCUGCAUUGGUGAAGGCCACGGAAUUAUUUGAAGAUCCCUUGGCAGGCGGACGUCGUGAUCCAGACAAGAGAAUAGUUUUCCUCGUUACAGAUGGAGGAUCCAAUUCCCCUUCUGAGACCAUAGCAAAGGCCCUAGAACUAAAGGAAGAUGGUGUAGAAGUUUUCGUCGUCGGCAUUGGUAGCUACUUCAACGGAAUAGAUGAGAUAAGGAAGGUGGCUUCAAGUCCACCGGAAGAGUUCUUUUACGUGGCUUCCGACCUUUGGGAGGUGGUGAAGCAAAUUGUAAAGGAUAUCUCUCCCACACUGCUAGAAGCUAUGAAUGCUGAGUAUGAUCUUCCUUGUUAAAUUAAAAAAAAGAAGAUAAAAACCCUCCUUAAGUCUUUGAAAAAUAGUUUUUAAGGAAACAUUCAUUGUUUAAACAAGUUGCCCGUAAUUAGAUGAAAAUUUUCUUCACUCGCCAGUUUCGACAAAAUCUAUCUGAAAAAAACUCAAAGUUUGCAUAAAUGGAAACACUUUCCGACCAUUUCAAUUUUUCAAUUUUCUGAUACAGGCCAUCUUUGCACGUCCUUUGUGAUAUGGCCGCCCAGUCUUAUCAUCAUCAAAUAAAACCUCUUGUGCUCGCAAGUUUCCCAAACGAUAGCACGGAUAAUAUUGGUAAACAUAAGUAAGAUCCAAAAUUGAUACACUCAGUGAAAAUUAUGUUUUUUCAAAACAGCUUAUACUUGUUUCGUAUUUUCUGCAAACGUUCUGCUUAGUUUAUCUGUCAACGGAGCUUACAGAAUAUCUUCAACUAACACUAACCUUAAGCUUGUUUAGUAGGAGAGGUCUUCCCUCAGGAAAUGUGUUCUUGCUGUCAUUUUGGAAGUUUAG